GAUGUUUGUAAUGUUGAUCUUUUGUAAAUAGAAAACUCAUUUGUCCAACAGUAUGGUGCCAAAACUCUGCAGAUACUGUUUGUUUUUGCACAAAUAUGAUUCUCUAAUGAGUUGUAAUGAUAAGGAUUAUUCAUCGGCAGCAAACAGAAACACAUUUACCCUAUAAUCAGUGUACUUUUAAUAAUUCUGAUGUCCUUUCGUCUGUCUGACCACAGAUCUGCCUCCACCGACCACAAAGCACCAGCGGACUCUGCCUUCAUGGAGAUAAAGCUGAGUGCAGAGUCGACCGAGCAGAGGACGGCGUCCAGAUGACGGCAGAUGACGUGGUCCAGCUAUGCUGACAUAACAGCGGCUGAUUGGUCAACGACACGUCCCUCCCUCCUCCCUGCCGCCGCCCUCUCGCCGUCCGUCCAGACAUGUUGUUGAGAAGGAAGCUGUGCGUUGCCUUGGUGAUCGCCACCAUCCUCUUCCUCAUGCUCGCCAGUCAGAGCAUCCAGAGGAGACACUUCCUCCCGCUGUCGUUAGCCCCGCCCAACAGCCAUGCCACACCCACCGGCGGGGGCACAGUGGUCAAAGCCACAGCGCCUCCUGCUGUCCGGACCAAUAAGCUGACCCCUCCUCCCAUCGCCAUUAAGCCUGAGGUCAAGGAGGAGGGAGAUAAGGAGGAUAAAGAGGAGGAGCCCAUAGAGAACUCCCAGUACGACCAGAGGCCGUGCAGUUGUCCCGACUCGUGUGUUUCGGAUCUGGACAGGUCGGUCUGGUUCAGCAAGAGAUACGACUCCAAGCAGCAGCCCAUCCUCCAGGAGGCCAACAACAACUUUGACCAGGCUGCACUCACAUGGUGGCUGGCUCUUCAGCGGUCCGGCAACGACCAGACUUUAGAGAAAGUGAUGUCGGAGCUGUUCCGGGUCAUUUCCCCGCCCACUGGGGACUUCAAGCCCCUCCCCUCAAAAUGCCGCAGUUGCGCGGUGGUCGGCAACUCCGGCAACCUGCGGGAUUCGGGAAACGGCGACCUGAUCGACUCUCACGGCUCCGUGAUCCGGAUGAACAAGGCGGUGACCCGAGGAUUCGAGAAGGACGUGGGGAAUCGGACGACGUACCACUUCCUGUACCCGGAGAGCGCGGUGGACGUGGCUCCCGGCGUCAGCCUCGUCCUGCUGCCGUUCAAACUGCGAGACCUGGAGUGGCUGACGAGCGCGUUGUCCACCGGCCACAUCAAAACGACCUACAUGAGGGUUAAAGAUCGAGUGCAGGCCGAUAAAGACAAGGUUCUGGUGGUGAACCCGGAGUUCUUUAAGUACGUUCACGACCGCUGGACCGAGCAUCACGGUCGCUACCCGUCCACCGGCAUGCUGGCCAUCAUCUUCGCUCUGCACACCUGUGACAAGGUGUCGGUGUUCGGCUACGGUGCCGACCAGCUGGGGAACUGGCAUCACUACUGGGAGCAGAACCGCCACGCCGGUGCCUUCAGGAAAACCGGCGUCCACAGCGCCGACUUUGAGACGCAGGUAAUCCACCAACUCGCCAAGGAAGGCAAGAUCAGCCUACACCUGUGACAAAACCACUGACCUGCUGACGGACUGCAGACGAUCCAUCUGCUGCCUGAUGGACUGACCUACAGACCAGCCGACCGGGACGUCCGAGUCCGGCUGCCGUCUGACACUUAACCAAAUCUGAGCCAGUUCUGGACCCUUGUUCUUGGGGAUUUGGAGCGCAAUCAGACCCCUGUGCUUCUACAUCAAUCACUAUGUCUGUCUUAAGGCAGACAUGUAGAUAUGCUGGAUGGAGGAUGCUGUUUAGAUACCAGGAUGACCUGUGGAGGCAGCUGUGGAGCUGAACAUACCGUCUGGGAUUUCCUCCCUCUGCGUGUUUCAGUUGCUCAACAUGAAUCAAAGUGUUUUUUGGGACCUCGACCGACCGUCCUGCCGUCUGCGACUGCUGGGAUCGACCACAACUAACUUUGCUCUGAGCGGGAAACAACCACAGACUUUUUAUAUCUUUUGUUUUUAUCGGAUUUUAUAGACAUUUUACAGGGAUAACCUCUUUAUUUUUAAUAAAAAGCACUUUGUCCUGAAGAAGAAGUGGUGGGAAGAUGCCAUAUUGUUGCUUCGCUGUCCGACCACAUCAGAAGACUUCUUGUAUUUUAUAUCGUUUAUAAUCCAUCCAUUUAUCCGUCCUGAUCGAGAUGAUCCUGACAGACUGGAAUCAGAACUUUUUUUCUGCUCGUCUAUUUUUGGAAGCCAACGGCGCUUCCUGUCGACCAUAUAUGGAGAGUGGGAGGAGUCUGUGUCUGGUUCUCAAGUGUUUCCAUGAUGAUUCAACAGUCUGCGCUUGGGAUGGGUUAAUCGAUAAUUAGUAUUCACUACCUAGGCGAUUAAAACGAAUUAACCAGUAACGCGGCACCAGAUGGAGGCUCUUACGGUUUAAGAUGGACGACUGCAGCGUUUCGUUUGUUGUGUUUAGGACUGCAAAAUUGUCUUGACUGAUAAUCUGCAGGGUUAUGAAGCGAUAACUUGUUAACUGAUAACACAAGUUGAGUGCAGUAGACAUUGUUCAUAAGCCUGUACUGCAAAAUAACUAUGAGCCAAGACAGCAGCUCAGUUACGUGUUACUGAGCUGGUCUUAAAUAUCUGGGCUAUGAAGCGUCAGAAGUCUUUGUCGUGGUGCCCAUUGCUAGCUAAACUACCACAAUGCUUUCUGAACUUUUUGCAGUCUGAGUGACCACUUCCUCUGGUUGCUAAAGCAUUAAACAGCAACAGGCUCCACCUGCUGUAGCAACCAGGUACUACAACUAAUCCACAGCACAUUCCCUGAAAUAUCUUUUAUCAGUUAAAUUAUUAACAGUGAAUAAUCCUCAACACCUCUAGGAGCGACAUAAGGAGAUUGGGAAGCAGUGAGCGUUGUGGAGGUUUAGCCGGGGGUUGGGCCACCAUGACCAAGACUCCUGUGAUGGUUGAUGACAUCCAACCAGAGUCUAGUAGGGCGGCUUUGGUUUAUGGCUGGUGUAACCCAGGAUUCAUGGAAUAACGGCUGCUGUACGUCAUUCACAUUCAUAAUUGAUCGAUUAUUGAUUAAUAAUUGUCAACUAUCGACUAAGGAAACUUAAAAUAGGAACAAUUUAUUUUACAGGAAUCUUGAUUUAGUAGGACGUGUGUUUUUUCUAAUCAGUUUUCUAGCUGUAGCAGUCGGUAACAUUCACAGCGAGCAGUAAAAAGUCAAACUGUGACUCGGUCAGUGGAGCUGCAGACUGUUGAACUUCAUGGACAGAUGCGACGCCUUCUUCCGAACCACAAACAUGAAGGAGACCACGCACGACUUCAACUCAAGAUUUAUUUUGUAACAAAAACUUAACAAAGUCAUACAAUCAGUAACAUCACCAGUGUGCGCAGUGAACGGACGAGUGGAAGAUGCAGUGCAAUCGUACUCACAGUCCAACCAAAAAAUAACCAUUGGAACGGAGAGAGACUGGAAAGUCCAGCAGGUGGCAGCUGGGAGACGACACACCUGUACUGUGAAUGUACAAAAAACUGUUGCUGAUUGUCAAUCACAGUCGUCUGAAUGUUAGUGGCUUCGUUUAUUCUGAGAGGAGUUUCAGGGCGUUUUCACACCGACUCUGUUUGUACAGUCAGACAGUUGCAGGACUGCUGCAUGAAGUGUGUCUUGGCGGCGUGCAGCAUGUGUGAGCGGUACCUUCACUGAGUCAGGAUGUCGUAGGACGUUGUUAUACCAACAUCAGGACUGGAGUUAAACAUGUUGUUGUGACCACUGACAGCUGGACGUGAUCCAACCUUCAUAUGGAGGAUCGUCAUGGU